AUCCUUGUAAAUCUUUUCUGAACCCUUUCAAGUUUCACAACAUCUUUCUGAUAGGAAGGAGACCAGAAUUGCACAACCUUUCCGAAUUUGAUGGGAGAUGAAGAAGGCCUUACAUGAGAAUCUCACACACUUGUGACAGGACAUAAAUUAGCCUUAAUAACCUGCCACUUGAGUGUAAUUAUCCCUGAAUCACCAGGAUUUACAGGAAUUUAAUGGAACAUUCAAUAGGUCUCCAGCAUCUGCUGAAAUCUGUCCAGAAAGUCCUGUCAGGUUUGUCAAUGCCUGGAGGGAAUUCCUCAUUCACAGGGAUUCGGUGCCUGAUUCAGGAAGAUACCCUUCUGAUUUGCUAUUGAAUUCCCUUCCCCUUCCACUUACUCCCAGCCAGCAAUCCACAUCCAGCCCACACUCAGUUCUGCCGGAGGAUCCAUGGCCAAUCCUUGCAGGCCUGAAUGCAAUGCCAGCAGUAGUUAGUGCUCCCAGUGAUAUUCUUGGUAUUGGAGAAUACAUGGUGGGGUAAGAUUUAUACCCAACGGGGUACUUAAUUAGACAGAAAGCCAAACGCUAUGUAGUUAAGUUCCUGAUUGCAUGAUUCCUGAAAUAUGUUUGGGCUUUGGAUGCAAAAAAGACAUAAUGAUCCAUGUAGUUCUCCAUCCAGUGAUGGGACUGCAAUUACCUCAGCUAAAUGUCACCCUUAGCUUCUUUAGAAUAAACUAUGUUUCAAAAUAAAACUGGGUUUGUCAGAUUCUCCCCCACCUUUUCCAGGAUAAAACAAAAAUACAAUUUAUGACUAAAUUUAACUCACAAAAUGAUUUCAGAAGACUGGGAAUUAAUCCGUAGGAACAAAUUCGCAUAAUUUCUUAUUAAAGCACAUGCAGCCACCUCCUUUAUUGAUAAUUGUAUGUCAGGACAAGUUUGCAUUUGGAUGCAGUUGACAUUUUUACAUUAGUGUGAAGUGCUUCUGAGUGAGAAUCAGUCCAAAAGCAAUGAUGUAACUCAGAAUACUGAGUGCACUGACACUGUGAGACAUCAGUCACCUUCUAGAAGAGAAUCACAUGCUGAUUUCAAUUGUCAUGGAGUAUAAAUCCAGCCCAAAAUGUCCUGCAAUUGCAAACUGAAAUGUCUGGUCAUCGAGUGAGGACUGUCCACAAUUAAAUGUGAUAGCAUUCGUUGUCUAAUAACUUGCUUCAUCUGUGAAGAAGAGUCUCGUGCAUGAGGAACUGAUUGGUUGCUGGUACCAUGGUGUUCUAUUUAGGCACUGUCUUCAGGAGAGGAGGGAUGCAUAGAAUUAAUUACAUCUACCUGUCCAUAAAUUUACAUGCUAUUUUCAGCUACUUGUCCUUGUAUUUAAUUAUACCAAUAAUCUGAAAUUAAACAAGGUGAACUAAUUAUUUCAGUGUUCUUCUGAUCCUGAUCCAAACAGAAAUCGCGUUUAUUACUUCCUGCUCCAAUACCUAAAAAUAUUACCGUAAUCUGCUCUUCACGCAACUCAUCCUAUGUGCAGUGAAUAUCUAUAACUUAGUCUCCCACAGUACCAUGUUUCUCUGACUUAAUGGUAAAUUCUAUUUGCUAUAAAAAUUCUUUACCAGAAAGUAGUUGUUAAUUUCUAACUCUGUGCCAAAACUGUUGCAGUUGAAUGAGAAUUUAGUGUAAAAUUUGUGGGCAUUGUCAGAAGUUUGAAUUGCAGCCAGGUGGGUCAAUGGACGAGGUUACAAUGGGAAUUAGACAAAGAGAAAUAUGUGCAGAGCCAGAUUGUCCAAAUCCAAAUCAUUAAUCUGUUCAACAUGCCAUCAGUGGUUCCAAAUGCCAUCAUUUCCUUUAGAUCUUAAAAGAGAGAGUGGAACCAAGGAUCUUGAGAGUGAUGAGCAGGAGUGGGCAGGAAGUUACUUUGGAAUGGUUUCGUAAAGCUUUAUCACUUAACAUGUCAGUUGUGUGGGAAUAGUAUCCCCCCAUUGUUUCAAACUCCCCAUCCUGCCUCUAACCUUGAAAAUACAUGGCAACAUUAUUUCUUUAAUAUUUUAACCACAUAUGCAAGCUGAUAGAAUUUCAGCUUAAUAACCAUGAAAAUUGUUAAAUAAACACAACACCGAAAGAAGCAUGUUUGUGCGUUAUUAAAAUAGCAGCUUUGAUUUCUGAUAUGUGUAUAUCUGUGUUUGUUAAAACUCUGCCUAACAACACCUUGUUCUAUAACUUAUAAUGAUGACCAAAAUAAAAAGGCAGCUAUGCACUGCAGUUAAAAGAGCUGUAAGAUGAGAUUUCAGAUUUUACUGAAGGCGGACAGCUGUUCGAUCACCAGCGUGAGAGUCAAAAGGUAUUUUCCACACUCAGGGUUAGAAUCCGUCUUCGUGUACACAAGCAUUCAAGUAAUUCAAGAUGGAUGCAUGACAGCCGUAAAACAUGGGCGGCUUCCAGAGACACAGGAGGAGAGCUUUCUGAACCACCAGCAACAUGGCUGAGGAACGAGUGUAUUCAGACUCUAGCAACCUUGCUUUUGGUAUUAAUCCCACUGCUGGAGAUGAAGGGGAGGCUUCUCCACUUGACCCAUUAACAAUAUUAACUCUCCUGGAAAAAGUGGCUGGGAUUGUUGACAGUGUUAAUGAAACUCAGCGGAAAAUGGAGCAACAGCAACUGGAAAUAGAAAACACUGUUAAAGAGAUACAAAUUGAUGUUGCAAAGCUUAAUAAGGCUCACCUGACCACAGACACGACAGUCUCAAAGUUACUGGUGAAAACCCAGAAGAUCAACGCUAAUGUUAAAGAUGUGAGACAACGACUGGAUAAAACAAACGCUCAGGUCAAAAAGGUUGAAGGAAACCAUCGUGAACUGCUCAAAAGGAAUAAAUUUCGAGUGGUCAUUUUCCAGGAAGAAAAUCAAAUGCCCUCCUCAGUAGUCUAUAAAAACCUGCCUCACGAAGGGAAUGUGGCAGCAGCAGAAGGAGAACACACAGCAACUGCAGCCACACCACCACCAGACCUCUCUUCUGAUGAAGAAUUUGUUUAUGAUGAAGAAAGUACAAGUGCGCGCCUCAGAAAAUCAGGCAUGAAGCGGGUGGAUAGUAUAAAGAAAGCUUUUUCAAGAGAAAACAUGCAGAAAACCAAACAAAACUUUGGGAAACAGAUGAAUCGGCUCAGUCACACAAUAGUCCCUCCCGAACGGAGAGAGAAGAUCAGGAUUUCAGGAGAGAGAAUCAAAAAGUCCAUCGUUGAUUCAAAACCAUUUCAUAUGAACAUAAAAAAGAAGAAUGAAAGAAGUGGGGCAGAAGGACAAGAGGUUGCUGUCAAAGGUGUAGGUGAGAGUUCCAAGGGCGAGAUGACAGGUACAGAAGCAGCAAAGGAAGUGGACACACCAGGAGCUGCUGAAGUAGGUGAAGAUAGUCUCCCAGCAAUGGUUACAAAUGUUGCCAAUACAGAAACGGUUGUAGUAACAAAGGAAAGAAAAGGUGAUGAGGCAGUACCUACAGUGGCAGAAGUGAAGCAGAGUCCUGAGUUCAGCUAAAGAAAGACUUAAAGCUGCGUUACUUAAUAGCCACAGAAAGAGCUAGUAUCAAAAUUAUGAUGUUAAUACAUCUACAAAAUGUUCCUGCAUAUCAAAUCAGACUCGUUCAAUGAUUCAGAUUUUUUUUUAAAAAUUUGGCCAUAUUUUUGAUGAAGCAUCACAUUUGUGUCUAAAGUGAUACAUACGCACACCCUGCAGCAGGCUGGACUGGACCUCAGAUGACCGUAGAUCAGUCUUCUGCACUUCUUGUCCCCCUGAUAUUUGUGGAAGUGUGAUCAGAAGAAUUGUGAAGAUUGGCAGGAGGUUUAUUAUUUUAAAAAAAUAACUAAAACAUGGGAAGGUUUUUGUUUUUAAGAAUAGACCUUAGGAGAAGGACAGCAUUAUUCAAUUUUGUAUUUGAAUCUUGAAGUUUAUAUUGUUUUGAAUUGGGCUGUUAAGUAGUACAGUUUUAAUUCUUGUCAAUCUCUCAGCUCUCCUCACAUAGUGUUAUCAGUAUUUCUUUAUGUCACGUCAGGUAGCUUUAGAGGAUGUUGAAAAAAAAUCUUAUUUCGUUGGAACAUUGAGUAGUUGUUACUCAGGCCUCAGAAUAGAUGAAAUAAACAGUUGCUGUAUAUUAGGCGAAUGAUAAUGUAAAAUGUGGCAUUAGACAAAAACAUUGUUCUCUAAAGAUCCAUGGACAUUUACCAUAUUCCAUCCCACAGGGAAAUUGUUAUAUCCUCUGUAAUCACAUUGCUGAGAAACAUAUUACUACAAUCUAGAUAUUUUUCAAACUCUAUUGCUGCACAAACAAAAUCAGAAUGAUUCAAAUACUUGUUUAUUUAGGCUAUUUUACAAAUUGUCUUUAAUAUAAAUAUUUAGCUAAAAUGAGCAUGUUUUUGAAGUGUGUAACCUGCGUAUUCAUAUUUGUAUCUUUAGUUUUCAAACUGAAAUAGAUGUGUCAUUGUAUAUGUAAAAUAGAGUGAUUUAGUUUAAUAUUCUUUGGUGUACUUUUCAUGUUGUCUUUUCCCAAGUGUUCAUUGUGGUGUGCAUGUCCAAAUACUCAGUGAUGACUGCAAGCACCAGAGCGACAUGUUUAGCUUUGGGGUGUUUCCAGUGUUAUUUGUAGAAAGCAUAAGUCAUGCAGUUGGACAUUCAAGUGAAUAAAGUACUUUUAGUUUGAGCAGACUAAUCUAUUAUACUUCAUGUAUAUUGAUUAAGGGAUUUAGUCUGUAGAAUUGGGAGUCACUUAAGUUUAUCCAUUUGCUUAAAAUUCGGCAUAGCUGACAAGUGCCUGAAUUCAUUUUUCAACUUUCUUCCAUUUGAUCCCCUCUUCUCCUGGAGCUGCUGACUCCUGCUAAAGUAUUGUGCCAUGGGCGCUGGAAGCCCAAUGGUGUUUAGGUUGAAUAUCCAGUCUACACACGUGAGCUUGUGCAUCGAAUGUUGGCAGGCAAUUUGACAGGAGAGAAGGGAAUCACUUAAUCCUGUCCCUGCCCAAUUGCCCUACAAGCAAACCUUCUAGCAGCAGUCACUGGACAGUGAACAGGAGCAGGAAUCCUGGCCAUUUUCCUUUCCCUAUCUUAGGGAUGCUGAAGCAACUGAUUAAUAAACUGUUGUGCAUUUCAACACUUAUCUUUCUGAAUCACAGGAAAUAUUAAUUUAAAUUUGUCAUAUUUUCUUCCUUCCAACUCUCUUUGUCUGACCUUUUAAGUCUUAUUUUUUAUUGAAGUCUUUAUGCACACGCUACACAUUGGACCCAAGUUAAAUGAUGGAGAGCUAUUUGCUCCAACUUUGUUCUGUAGUGACCACACACGCUGAUUGUUUCCUACCCUGGUGGGGAAAUGUCUACUGAAGAGUGCCUGACAGAAACUUCACUAAAUGUGGGCUUCAAGUACAAAACUGCCUCCUCUAUGUGUGAUGACAUUGGUAUCUUAAUAUAAAUAUCACCAAGUUCCAAAAAAAUUAUUAGCCAUGUUUGAUACACAAUAGUUUUAAUAUUACAUGUACAAUGGAUUACUUGCAUCAGGCAUAUGCUGCAGGUUGUUCUGAAAUUACUGUGUAUUAACUAAUUGUUCAUAGUUGACCAUCAUGAUAUUAUAAGCAGUGGACAGGCCCCAAAGGAUUAGUGCAAAAAAUUUAUAAGGUAUGCAGAUUGUCUGUUUUUAAAUGAUCUGAUCCAUUUGUAUAUUUGUCAGAAGAACUAGCUGAGAUAAAGAUACAGGAUCAUCACUAAUUUAUGUUUAGUUAGGCCUCAGCUGCUAUUAACAGUUAGAUUGUAGAAGUAAGAUUUGUGGUCUGUAAACCGCAUUGUCGAAGCACUGUAGCUAUAACUUGUCAAUUGUGGCAACAACAUACAGAUUCCUACACUUGGGAGCUGGUUCAAACCUCGAGAAUGUAGGACACAAUGUAGAAUGUUGCUGGAACAGCAAAAACAAGUGAAAAGUGGAUAAAAAGCUGAAAACAUGAUGGGAGAAAUAGUAUGACGUAUAGCGUAUGGGAAAGAAAAAUGGAAAAACAAAGAGGUGAGACCAUAGCAAAAAAGCAAAAAAAAGGUGAUGAAACGUAACAUUUAAUUAUAUGAGAAUUUGAACGGAGAAAGGAAGGAAAGCAGAAUUUUAUUUAAUGUUAGAGAAAUAGGUUUUUAUUUGAGAGAGACCGUACAUGUGGUAUGCAGGUACAGAGAUAUUGAAGCUAGUGUAGUUUGUGUUUCUCUGUAUACAAUUCAUUAUUUUAAACCCAUUCCUUCCCUGAAUCUAAAGAUAGAGAAAAGUUUUCAGGGUUGAUGUUAUGCUCAUAGUUUCUCAUGUGUAAUGUUGCAUAUAGAUAUAAUUGGGUUCCCGCUGAAUAAAUGUUAAAAAAAACACCCUCACAUUUAAUUUGCAUUCUUGCAUAUUAGUUAAGCACUGUUACUUUCAUAAACACCAAGAUGUCAAACACUAGGGAAUCUGAGACAGCAGCUUUCAAAGUCCUGCAGCUAUACAUAUUGUAUCAAUUUACACGUGUUAGCACCAGCUUUGAAAGUCAGGUUUGCUACAACAAGAAAUGAACUCAGAAGUGGGACAUGGAACAAAAUGGUACAGCAAUCUGUCAUUUUAUGGUAAUCAACAAGAUUUCUCACAGGAGAAUAAUAACUAGACAGAAGCUGAGAAAAAUCCGGUGUGAACUGGAGAUACCUAGUAAAAUUUGACAAAAGCAAAUUUCAAGUGUCAGUAGAGCACAAUACAAUUCUUCCAUCCUAUUCCACCUUUUUAUCGAUCAAUGCUUUAUGAAGUAACAUUGUAUAUGAAAAAUAUUUUAAUGCUCUUCAUGAAAUUUAUUGAUGACAUGAUUGGAAGCAGAAGUUAAUUAGUUCUCUGGAGGAAUACAUUUGAUUGCCUUAUUCCCUUCUAAUUAUUGGUGUUUGGUGUUUAUACUUCAUAUUAUUUUUGGUUUUGGAUGCAAUUUCUGUACAUUAACUCAAUAAAGAAAAGAGCCUACAAUUUGAUUGUUUUGGCCAUUCAAGA